CAGCUCAGUUCACAUUCGCAGCUAUUAACGAUCAGUUAUCAGUGCCACAGACAAAGCAAAAUCAUGCGGAUGACCCAGUUUCUGUGCUUUGGGGCGGCACUUCUUUUGUUCAGCCUGUUGCAACAGAUACAGGCGGCGGCCACAUCCACAGCCAGCAAUAAACCGGGAAUUGUGGCCCAAGUACAGCCAAAUCCAGCAGCAAAUCAGGCUCCCAGUCCGACCACAGUGAAACCCCAGCCACAGCGACAACAGCAAGAUCCCAAGUGUCUGCAACCCUUGGAUCCGGGUCCCUGUCGCAUGAGUCUCGAUCGAGUCUACUACAACAAGGAUACGAAUGCCUGUGAGACCUUCAAAUAUGGGGGCUGUCGGGGCAAUGAUAAUCGCUUUGGCUUCCGUCAGACCUGCGAGGAUGCUUGUGUCAUCAAAAAGUGACUCAAGAUCGAUCGAAUAAAUUAAGUAUACAUAAAGCCAUAAUUAUUAAAAGUU